AGCAUGACCGCCAUCGGGGCGCAGGCACAGAGGCUGCUGGCGCACCGGAGACCGCAGAAAUCCUUCUUUGAGACAUUCAUCAGGAGCCUGAUCAUCUUGUGUGUGGCGAUAGCGGUGGUCUUGUCAUCCAUCUCCAUCUGCGAUGGCCGCUGGCUCUUCGCAAGGGGGCAGCUCUUCGGACUGUGGCACUUCUGCACCGUUAGCAACGGCAGCGUCCUGAAGUGCAUCACGGACCUCAGCCUGGCCCAGGUGGAGGGGCUGAGCGUGGGGGUGAUUCCCAUAAGAAGCAUGGUGUCCUUUGCCGUUGUGGUCGCCAUAUUUGGCCUGGAGCUGCUGAUGGUGUCCCAAGUCUGCGAGGACGCCAAUGCAAGACGCAAGUGGUCAAUGGGCUCGGUUCUCAUCCUCGGCUCGUUUUUGCUGUCGGCCACUGGCGUUCUGAGCUUCUCCAUCCUCGUGAAGGAUCACCUCACCUUCACGGGCUUCACGCUGACGUACUGGUGCGAGUUCAUCGCUGCCUUUCUCUUCUUCCUUAACGGGAUCAGUGGACUUCACAUCAACAGCCUCACGCACCCCAGGAACAGGGUAGGCAAAAUCUAAGUGCAAAGGAUGUACCUCUGCCUUUGUGUAAUCAGCUUUGCCAAUUAGACUGGAAAAAAGGGAGUCUAAUGAAGUUUGAAAAGGACACCGUGUCUUAAAUUGUGUGCAAGGAGAGGAGGCAUGAAUCAGUCUUGAUGCCUGUAGAAGACAUACCCACCCACCGGUCAGCAUGGAGGGCUGCGCAACACGAGCAGAGACUGGGACUGGCUGCCGCUGCAAUGCGGUUUUCUGGAGGAGUGGAUUAAAGAAGAGGGUGUCUCAUUAAUGGGUGGCAGACUGCAGUCUACACAAGUGGGCUGUUCUGAGGCUUACACAAAGCCUGUACUGCUAUGGGUUUGGUGUUGCUAUGCUUUUCCCCGUACUCUGGAGCCUGUGAAGAGUGUGGCACAACUUCGGUGUGUCUUACGGCUUUGCUCUGUCUCAGGGACAGAAGCUUUGUGCCUGGCCGUGCUCACUGGCGUGAAGUACUGAAAAUCUUCACUGGAUCUUGCUCCUCCAUUUCUCUUUCAAAAGAGAAGGCACACAGAUCUUGAUCUGGUCACCCCUUUUGUUUCCCGCUGGCACAUUCCCUGUAUCUGUCCUUUCCUCUGUGAGUUUUUCCAGGACGCUUCUGACAGAGGUGCAGGAGAUGUAGCUGUCUUGGGGGCCAAGGGCAGGCACUGGGUGAUGCAGGUGUACUGGGAAGGGUUGUGAUGCCUUGGGCAGCAGUACAUAUUCCUGUGCUCGCAGCCUCUCCCCACUGUCACUGCUCCUCUGCCACCCCUGUAGGACACAUGCCAGUUGGUCACCCAAACUGGCGCUCUCACGGCCCUUGCAACUGUAAUGGGGCAUUGCUCUUCCUGGUUUCUUUUUUGUCCCUUUGGGGAAAGAGGGACAAGCUCUGCAGGGGCUUUAGGUGGGCGUUGUGGCUGGGCAGAUCAUGCUGAGACCACUGCACCUUCUGGGGUGUGUUUUGGUUGUCAGGGUUUCCUGCUGGGGCAAUGGGAAAUCUGAUUAUCCUGUAGCUGAGAGUCUCCUGUAGCAUUUCUUCUGGGAGGAGGAAGCUCUAGAUCCUCCUGACCAGACCAAGUCCUUUUCUUCCCCUGAUUAACAGUGGGCCUGGGAGGAGAAGCCGCCCAUGAUUGCCUAGGGAGGGGCUGAUGGGGCAGCUCUAAUCUGUCACAGCUGGUGGAAAUACAAAGAGACUUGGCCAACAUUAUAUCCUGCCAAUGCCUGAGUCAAGGUCUCUCAAAUGGCUGCAGCUUUGAAGUUCCCCAUGGUGUCUGAUAUAAAAGAAGACCUCAGCAGGAGACCUUGGAGGCUGGUUGCCCUACAUGUGUCCUCCCUGUCCAACAUACAGCACUCAGUUGCCCACAGAUAAAAAUGUCUUCAGACUGUUUCAGGGUUUCUGGUUUAAUGUUUGUUUUGUAUCUGCUGGUAAAGCUGCCUGUAUUUUUGUUUUAGGACAAAUGUUUCUACAUGUUUCAUCUCUGUAGCUUGUCUGAUAGCUGUUGAGCAAGGUUUUCAUUUCCUGUGCAGCAAGUUUGACACAAUUUUUCACCUGAAACAAAAGCAUCAUAGCACAAAGGCCAAGAAGGCUGUGUAGGCGAGCCAUGAGUAAACAGCUUUGUCUUAAGUCCUGCCUGAGCAUACAUCCACACUUGCUGAAUGUGCUCCUGUGGACUCACUUGCCUUCAUGAGGACAGUCUCCAUUCCUUCUCAGAUAUCCAUAACUUUUUAAGACAACACUCCUAAGCCUGUUUUGCGAUGCAGUUUCAGAUCAGGCUUGCUCUGGACAGUGCCAGUUGUGCUUUUGCACAUGAAUCUGCCCGUCUUUCUGGUGAGAAAAUGCACAGAGCUGUGCUACCCAGCCAGCUCCUGAAGCUCUUGCAAUAUUUGGGGCUCUGUCAGGGUUUCUUGACUUGCUCUCAAGGACAAGGACUUAUGCCCUUAAUCUGCCUCUGGAAAACGGCACUGUGAUGGUGUCUCUCUUUGUGAAGGUGCUUUUGAUUUGCUGAAUCGCACUGUUGAAGACAUGCUAGUGGGCUGAACUUGCAGAUGCUUGUGUGAACAGUGCUGUUGGCUUUAGCAGAGCCACUUACCCCAGAGAGUUUGCAAGGUCCAGUCCCAGACUGUUGCACUUUGGUGUUACCAGGUGGUCAAGUGCCUUAACUAACCAAUAAAUCAGUUGUGGUGCCUUGGGGUGCCCAUGCCAGGCAGGACAGUUGCCCUACACGAGGUUAAGGGUGUCCGUGGCUUGUAUAGAAACAUGGGUGUAACUUUGGAGUGCCUUCUUGGUGACAUCCAAAACUGGAGAUCAAUUCUGCAUGUAGUCCCUUUUGUGCUAGUGGGAGGCUGUGCCCCCAGCCCCUUCCCUGGGGGAAGGCAGCCGAAGCCAGACUGAGUCCCAGGCUGGUGCCUCCCGCUCGGGUUAAAGGGAGGCAGUGGACAAUUGGCCAUUGAGUUCACCCAAGACUUGGUGCAAUUGUGAAUGAUUUUAAGAUGCCCUCUGCUAGCUGAAGAAGAGGCCUUUUGUUGGGGGUAGGGAAUCCUCUAGGGAAAAUACAGUAACUUUUUUCUAACUGGCUUUGUAUAGUACUGCUUGACUUACUAAUGCUGGGAGAAGAUGCAUUUUGAUGGCUAAAUAUUACGAAACAGGGCUGAUUGUCUCGGAGACAUCCUUAUAUACAGCAACCUGUGCAGCAAUGGGUAACUGUUCAUUUUCUGAAGCCUGUGGAAG